CUUUCAUUAAAAUUUUCAAGGGAAUAUUUUUUCAUAAUGUGCGCGGCUUCGAUAGCCUGGACUGUCGAAGCACGUAUCUCGUUAUAGCCAUGAGGUAUUCAAAUGGAAACUGAGGCAAUAAGAUGAGGUUAAGGAUUCGCUUGGUUAACAUUUGCAUUCGGCAUAAAUGCACGGAUGCGCAGGAUGGUGUCCGAAUUUCCAAAAAGACUCGGUGGAAAAAGAUGCAUCUGAAGAAUGUUGAAAGCAUAGAACCCAAUCGAGAGCACGUAACUUCUAAAAGCAGAACUGCCACAAACUUUGUUUACAAUUCACCUGUAAUACAAAAUUUACCCGUUAACCGUGAAGACAGUUCCUACAAGUUAUUUACAACAUUUGAGGGAGUGCCAAAUGAGCCGAAGAUAGAGCAGGAUGUAAAUUCAGACAUAGAUUCCAAAAAUGCAAAAACUCAUACUAUCAUGCAAACAACUGGAUUAUCAAACCAAUCACAUCAAAAUAGCACUCAGGAAUUAAAGGAAUCAGAAAAUAAUAUCAAUGUUAAUUUAGAUAUGAAUUCUAAGAGAGAUAAUGUUAGAGUUAAUGAGAUAAAUAUGCAGAUGCUGCCUGAAGCAUUGCACAAACAAUUGUUUCAAAAGGAUGAUAAAGAAGACUGUAUCUCUAAGGAGGAAAUCAACAACAUAAAAGAGAAUUUAGCUACAUAUGGUAUAAAUAUAGAAGAUGCAAUCAGAUUGCCGGAUGUGAACUUGAAACUACCAGCUUUAAAAGGCAGAAAUAUAGAGGAGCAUUUUUAUAACAUUGGAAAAGCUCAGACCAAGCCAUAUUUAAAAAUCAUAAACGAAAUUAUAAAAGAUAUUCCUAAGAUGCCAAAGCAAUGGCUCUUUAAGGUAGGAUGGACUAGAUAUGGAACAGAUGGUACAGUGGAAAAUGUAGAUUAUCCAUUGGAAGAUGGUGUAAUUUUCGACGUUGAAGUUUGUAUGAAACAGGGUCCUUUGCCUACCCUAGCUACUGCAGUUAGCAAUAAGGCCUGGUAUGGUUGGGUAUCAAAUUCAUUGGUGCAAAACAUCAGUCAAACGUUUGAUACACAGUUCACACCGAGUAUGCUUGUUCCUAUGGAAAGCAGCCAAAAAGAAGAUGGAUAUAGAUUGAAUCAGCAUCAAAAGAAGCCAAAGAUUAUUGUAGGUCAUAACGUGUCAUAUGAUAGGAGUAGAAUUAAAGAGCAGUAUUGGCUUAAUUGUACAGGAACUCGUUUCCUUGACACUAUGUCAUUGCAUAUGUGUGUGAGUGGUCUGAACAGCUAUCAAAGAUCGUUAUUAUUAUCUAAAAAAGUAGAUACAGAGAAAGAGAUCUGGCAAUCUAGUACUUCAUUGAAUAGUUUAACGGAAGUACAUAAACUAUAUUGUGGCUAUGAGAUAAGUAAAGAGGCAAGAGAUCUGUUCGUCGAAGGUACUAUCAAAGAUAUUAGAGAUAAUUUCAAUAUGUUGAUGUCUUACUGUGCUUCUGAUGUAGUUGCUACUCACAAUGUAUUAUGCAAAUUAUACCCACUCUUUCAGGAAAGAUUCCCUCAUCCAGUUACUUUAGCUGGAAUGUUGGAGCUCGGCUCAGCAUACUUGCCUGUGAAUUCAAACUGGCAAAGAUAUUUGGAAGAAUCGGAAUCAACUUUUGACGAUUUAAAUUACGAAGCGAAAUUCACUCUCGCAAAAAGAGCCGAUGCUGUUUGUCAUCUCAUGCAUGAUGAGAAAUACAAGGAAGACUUAUGGAUGUGGGAUCAGGAUUGGAGCACACAGGAAAUUAAAAUGAAGAAAAAAGCAUCUAACCCCAAAGUAAAAUCUGAUGUAGAGACAAACGUAAUGGAAGAAACGCGAGAGCAAUCGAGUAUUAAUAAAUAUUUAGAUAACGAAGACGAGGAGGAGGAUCCUCUAGCAAAAGAAUUUGCAUAUUUGGAGGAAACUAGGCAUUUAUUGCCAGCCAGAAUGCCGCAUAUGCCGGGAUAUCCAGCGUGGUACAGAAAACUUUGUCCCAAGCAAAACGAUGAGGAUUGGGCGCCAGGUCCGCAGAAUAUUAGCACUUCUAUGCAGGUAGUUCCAAAACUGUUGAAUCUAACAUGGGAGAAGUAUCCGUUGCAUUACAUAAAAGAUCACGGUUGGGGAAUUUUGGUACCUUACACCGACAAUCUUGAUAUUGAAACUAAACUUCCAUUAAAAAAUCUUUUGGCACAGUGUCCCUUGCCAGCAUCCAAUUCGUCCAGGGAUAUUUCUGAUGAUGCGAUGACCACCUUGAGUACCGAUGUGCAGAAUGAUCUUCAUAAAAUAGAAUUCUGGCGAUUCAAAAAGAAGCGGAAUGAACCGUACAACGAAGCGUACAAGGGCACUGGCACAUGGUGCAACGUCAACAUCGACAAUUGCUGCUACUUCUUCAAAUUACCACAUAAGAACGGCGUCAAUUACAACGUCGGCAAUCCGCUUGCUAAGGACUUCCUCAACAAAUUCUCCGAGAAUGUACUCGCCGGUCUAGAUGUCAGCGCCGCGGAGGUACUAAAGAUCGCCCGUAUGCUGUCUUACUGGCGAAACAAUCGCGAUAGAAUCAUGUCGCAACUGGUAAUAUGGUUGGACGAUCGUUCUCUGCCCAGCAGCAUUAAAAAGGCGAAGCAACACAUGCGUUACGGUGCUAUUAUACCACAGGUAGUCGUUUCCGGUACGUUAACGCGUCGUGCCGUGGAACCUACGUGGAUGACAGCAUCUAACGCGCACAACGAACGGAUCGGUUCUGAACUCAGAUGUAUGGUUCAAGCCCCGCCGGGAUACAAUAUUGUCGGUGCCGACGUUGACAGUCAAGAGUUGUGGAUCGCCUCGAUCAUCGGAGACGCUUACUAUAAGCGUAUUCAUGGAGCGACGCCUUUUGGUUGGAUGACAUUAAUUGGUACCAAGUCCAACGGCACUGAUAUGCACAGCGUCACGGCUAAAGCCAUCGGAAUUUCACGCGACCAUGCCAAGGUUAUCAAUUACGCUCGAAUCUAUGGUGCCGGACAGAAAUUCGCUGAACGACUAUUAAAGCAAUUCAAUCCGUCGAUGACGGACACCGAAGCCACCUUCAAGUCCCGUAAAAUGUUCGCUCUCACCAAGGGUAAGAAGGUAUUUCGGCUGAAAGCCGAAUUCGUCAACGAUGACUUAAAGGAUGUCCCCUAUACGUUCUCUCAGGCGUAUCAAUUGGCAAAGAUGCAUGGUAAAGCAUUGCAGGACAUGUUCCAGAAAAACGAGUGGGCGGAUGGCUCGGAAUCAGCCAUGUUCAAUCGAUUGGAGCAGAUUGCCGGUAGCAAACAUCCGGUCACGCCAUUCCUCAACGCCAGAUUAAGCCGCGCUCUUGAGAUCACCAAUACCCAUGACGAUGAUAAGUUUCUGCCCACUAAGAUCAAUUGGGUAGUGCAGAGUGGCGCGGUAGAUUUUUUGCAUUUAAUGCUGGUGUCCAUGAGAUGGUUAAUGAAAGAUAAUGCUAGAUUCUGCCUGUCAUUUCACGAUGAAGUGAGGUAUCUGGUUUCUUCCAGAUACAAAUACAACGCUGCGCUGGCCAUGCACGUGACCAAUUUGAUAACGAGAUCGUUCUGCGCUUCUAGAUUAGGCAUGAGAGAUCUACCCAUGUCAGUGGCGUUCUUCGCCUCGGUAGAAGUCGACACCGUCCUCCGUAAAGAGUCUGCUCACGAUUGCAAAACCCCGUCAAAUCCUCAUGGCUUACAGAUUGGAUAUGAAAUACCGCCCGGCGAGAGUUUAGAUAUCUGGACUGCUUUGGAGAAAUCCGGUGGUUCGCUAGGCUCUUGGCACGAUGUGAAAAGCCGCAAAGUUAAAGAUUCAACUACUGAAAAAUUACCACCGGUUUCUCAAAAGACUAAUUAAGCGAAAAUUAUGAGAUCAUAUUUUCGUAUCACAAUAUUUAAAAACAUUAUAAUGUCGUCUGCAGCAACAAAGCGUAAAUAUGUUUAUCAAGAACUCGACGAUAUGAGCCUUCCUACAAAUUCGCAA